AUGAGUCCGCGGGCUCCACCGGCAGCCAGUCACCCCGAAGUGAAUCCGGCCAUGGGCCCCAGGGAUCCGGGGCCUCAGGGUUGCCCCAACCACCAGGUCCACCCCCAAACCCCGAGCUCCACCAGUGCACCAGCGAGCCCAGGUGCCAGCCAGCGGAGAAGUGACAGCCCCGGCACCGGCAGGCAACCCAGGCCCCUCAGCAGCCCCCCACCAAGACCAUGGACAGGUGGCUCGCUCUUCCUCCAUGCCCCAGACUCCGAGUGGCAGCUGGAGAACAGGGCCCAACAGGCCCUGAGGCACCCCAGCACAGACAGCCGGGCGUACACCGGCCCAGACCCUAAGCAGCAUUCCCCACAGAACCCGAAGCCCCACCGGGGCCCCCGCCCGAGGGCAAUGCGCCCCAGGGAUCCUAGACCCCCGAACCCACCCGGACCCACCCAGCAGCAGCACAGGUACCAGGCCACUAGCCCACGUCUGCCACCACGGAACCCCCCAAGAGCACCACAUGCGGCUGCCGUAGGACCCCCCCGAGGCACCCCAAGCCCCGCCCCGAUGGGGGCAACAGACCCCAGGGCUAGACCCGCCAGGCACCCCGCUCUGAGCGCCCCCCCGCGCCCCAUAGGACGCGCCCCACAGCCCCCCCACUACACUAAGUGA